UACACGCACACACUCAGAGGAGGAGAAGGGGAGGAGGACGGAAAACACGAGUAGGGGGGAAACAGGAACAGAAGUGAAGACUUGUCAAGAUGUCUGAGUGAGGGAGUCCAGAACAGAACAGAAGCCAGGUGCCAACUCAGAGACAACAGAAGUCUGAGCAGCUGACUGGAUCAGACAGGAGGGGAGAUCUGACCUGCUGCUACAGGAGCGCCUGCAGGCCGCCCCAAAUGAGCAACUCGACAAAACAAAAGCAUGCACCGAAGGGCAGGAGGACAGGAGGAGGAUUGAGAAAACAGUGGAAUGCGGACCUGUGUAAACAAACACGGCCCAAGAUUUCCUAAAGAUCAGAGCACAACAGCUGGGCAAUUUUAAGGAAAACACUUCAACAAACAAGUUUUGUUUUUUUUUUUUUAAGACAAAACGGAUCUGCAGGCGUCCAUGAAGUUUUGACAUAAAACCCACACGCCUGAACACAGAAAUCAGAACAGGCCGUGCUGCAGGGCAGCCAUCUUAUCUGGGAGUUCAUGAAGUCACCAGAAUUCCCUGGGCUGACAGUACAUGGUUUAAGCUGAAGUUAAACAUAAUUUUCCACUUUUAAACUUUAAAUGACUCAAAUGAUCCAAUCUUAAUUCCUUUGGUGUCUUUUCUCCCAUCUCUUCAAAGGAUUCAUUAAAAGUUUUUGACUUUUUUUAAGUGUUGCAGCUCUGCAGCCUGAAGUCAUGGAAGGGACGUUCAGCAGCAUCCAGGAAUUUUUCAAUCAAAUUUGGAGCUUUGCUAUAGACAAACACAACCAGGGGUCGUACAAUACUAUCUGCCUGGUUGUCCUCCUGACGCUGCCCCUGCUGGUCCUCCUAACGGCAGUGGUGGUGUGCUGCCACUGCUGCUGCUGUCGCCAUGCCAACAGCUGCUGUUGUGGCUGCUGCUGUGCAGAUGCCUCAAGGUCAGAGACGAGGAACAAGAGUUCAAACAGUGAGGACUUGUGGAUCUCUGUAAAAACAGGGCCCAUGACACCUGACAGGGUGGGAAUUUCCAUGGUGUAGUUUUUGUUUUAGAUUCCUUAUUCUGGGCCAGUUCCAGCUGAGGUGCUGAUGGAGAGUCUGAGGACAUUGUUAAACAAAAAAGAAGGACUUAAUGUUAUUGUGUGUAUGUGGAUGGCUGUCACUUUGUAUUCACAUGACAUGUGUAGCAGUUUUAAAACAAUGUUUAUAACUUUUUUACGAACUUAUUUAGUGUGUGGUACAGAAAACAGGAAAUAUGCAAGCUGAAGCAAAUGUACAUAAACUGCAAGUGGGUUUCUGUUUACCCCCCACCCCACCCCACCCCCACGCGUGUGUGUGUGUGUGUGUGUGUGUGUGUGUGUGUGUGUGUGUGUGUGUGUGUGUGUGUGUGUGUGUGUGUGUGUGUGUGUGUGUGUGUGUGUGUGUGUGUGUGUGGCAAUGAGGUGCAGAGUUAUUGAGAGCACUUUGUUCUUAGAGCUCCCAUGUGAAAUUCAAUGCAUUUGUAUUUGGCAGUGGGAGCAAAAUGUGCCAAAAAGUGUUCAAAUAGCUGUGUGACUGUGUGCUUUUCACAUUCAGGAUGAAGAUGACGUUCAAAAGCAAAAGCACUGAUUUCUGAGAAACUGCCUCUGUGAAAUAAAUGACAGAAAAACUUUCA